AUGAAGUCGUCGCCUUCGUUCCGAGCCGGUGCGGUCCGGGCCGUGCUGGCCUACACGUCGGCCGCCAGCGCCUAUCUCUACAACACCACCAUCAACACCCAGUAUGGCGCCGUGCAGGGCAUUCCCGCCCUCAACGCCACCUGCUGCUCCUACCUCGACGGCUGGGAGAGCGUGACCGUCUGGAAGGGCAUUCCCUUCGCCGCCAACACGGGCGGCGCCAACCGCUGGAAGGCCCCCCAGCCGCGCGAUGCCUGGAACGGAACCCUCGUCGCCGACAGCUUUGGGUCCGCAUGCCCCGCUGGCACCGCCCCCUACGGCGGAGCUGACACGGUCUACGACGAGGACUGCCUGAACCUCAACAUCUGGUCUUCGGCCAACUCGACGGCCGAGAAGCGCCCCGUCAUGAUCUGGAGCUACCCGGCUGGUGCCAAUGGAGCCUGGUCCAUGUUCGACGGCGGUGGCAUGGCCCUGCAGGACAUCGUCGUUGUGACGUACAACUACCGCACCGGCCCCUACGGCUGGCUGGCCCUGCCCGAGCUGUACGAGGAGUCGGGCAACGUCACCACGGGCAACUACGGCAUCCUCGACCAGGUUGCAGCCCUGAAGUGGGUGCACGAGAACAUUGCCGACUUUGGCGGCGACCCCGACCGCAUUACCACCGUCGGCCAGUCAGCCGGCAGCGCUGCCGUCUACCACACCGUCAACAGCCCGCUCGCCAAGGGUCUCAUCGUCGGUGCCAUCGCCGAGAGCGGCAUCCGCGACCCCCGUGACCCCGCCUCGACCUCGCUCGCCGAGGGCUACAACAACAUGUCCACUUCCAUCGCGCUGAGCAAGGAGCUGAUGGGCUACCUCAACGUCUCCACCCUCGCCGAGCUGCGCCAGGUGUCGGCCUACGACAUCAACGCCAACAGCGGCUUCACCUCCUUCUCCAACUGGCGCGGCACCCUCGACGGCUACGCCCUGCCCAUGACGUACAUGGAGCAGCUCCAGCGCGGCCCCGCCAACGACGUGCCCCUCAUCACCGGCAACACCAAGGACGAGUCGGGCGCCGGCUACGGCACCAACACCACCGUCGCCCAGUGGACCGAGACCCUGACCGAGACGUACGGCGACCUCGCCAGCGACUUCGCCGCCGCCUACCCGGCCACCAACGGCACCGAGGCCUCGAUGAACACCAACCUCCUCGCCCGCGACAUCUCGCUCGUCGGCUCGUGGAACUUUGCCAACUACUGGGCCCAGUCGGCCGCCUCGCCCAUGUACACGUACUACUGGGACCAUGCGCCGCCCGGCCAGACCCGCGGCGCCUACCACAUGUCGGAGAUCACGUACAUCUUCAACAACCUGUACGGCACCGACCUGCCGUGGGAGGCCGUCGACUACGACAUCGCCGCCACCCUCAACGCCUACUGGGCCAACUUCAUCAAGACCCAGAACCCCAACACGGGCGGCAGCAGCACCAACGGCUCGCUCGCCUACUGGGCCCCCAGCAGCAGCGAGAGCAGGACCACUUUCCACCUCGCCCCCGCCCGCCCCGCCAACGCCAACGGCUUGCCCUAUGGCUACGAGCAGGUGCCCGUUGCCACCGACGAGCGCGUCGAGUUGCUGCUCGAGUAUUUCAACUCGAGGAACGCUUCGACUUUGUAA